GCUGGAGCUCAGCUCAGCUCCCCCAGGCGGCCUCACCACCAGCAUCAGCACCAGCGGGACCGGCCGCCGACCAUCCACCAAGCUAGCACCAUUCCAGACCUAACGGUCACCUUUAUUGUGCCUGUCUCUCCUCCUUAAGCUAGCCGCCUAUCUCCUCCAAAUUCCUCGGAUCUCACCACCGCAACAAUGUCCAACUCUCGUGGCCUCCCCGAUGUCUUGAUGACAAAGGUCGACGAGUACGUUGACUCUCUAGCUCCACAGAUUCAACCGCGCAUCGCGUCUGAGAUCGACACGUUCCAGACGAGAACCAUUGACAGCCUUGAAGACCAGGUUGUUGACGCCUUCCGUUCACUCUUCAACAAGGACAAGAACUCAGACGAUGGCUCGAGAGGACUGAACGACACACCACCCGAUGCUUACGGCAUUCAAUCUCUGCCCUUCGCAGAUGAGAUUGGCAAGCUCACCCGCAGCUUCAGCGUCAUCACAGACGAAGCAGGCGAUGACCUGCGCGACAUCUUCAACCUCACCGACGAAGCCCGCGGAGGAGGAGGUGGCGGCCCUGAGACGCAAUCCCGCGGCAUCAGCCACAGCGACUCAUUCGGCGGGGCAAAGGGCUUCCUCUCCUCCGCCAUCAACGUCGUCCAAGACCACCUGGAGAAGAACAAGGGAUCAGGCGGCGGCGGGCAGGGCUUCGAACUCGACGGCCUCCUUGGGGUACUCAGCAACACCGUCAAGGACGCCGCGCGGAACCCCGAGGAGAAGGCCCGUGUCAUCAGCCCCGAGAUCAAGGAGAAGGUUGGCAUGAAAUUGAGGGAGCAGCAUGCGCCUAUUGCGGAGCAGUUCACCAAGAUUGCGCUGGAGCAUAUCAAGCGGUGGCUGCGCGGCAACACGAGCACGCGCGACCUUGGCGACGGUGUCAAGGGCGAGAUUGAGGACCAGGUCAAGGAUUUGGUCAAGGGGCUUGGAGGCCUGUUUGGAAACAAGAAGAGUUCGCAGGAGGGUAGCCGUGGAAUCGGUGAUCGUGAUGGCCCCGAGGGUGAAGGCGAGAAGGGUGGCUUCUCCAAGGUCAUCAGCGACAAGCUCAGCACUGGUCUGGCAAAGGUGCAUAGGGAAGUCCGUCUGGAAUUCCGCAAGAUCCUUGGUGCCAUCGAGAAGCAGCUCUUUGAGCUCCUGCCAGACGCCUUCCAGCGGCCUCUGGAGAAGAUUCUGGGAGGAAACCCCUUUGACUCCCAGCUCGACCGCGACGCUGGCGGACACGCGGACCGCGGAUUCGGAGACGACAUCAAGGUGAAGCUAGUCAACAAGAUCCGGGCCCUUGUGCGUAAGGUGCAGGAGACACUGCGCGAGAGUAUCCUCGGUGUCGUCAACGGCGGUCACCGCAAGUUUGAGCGCGAGAGCUGGGUGUUUGUGCAGAACAUUGUCGAGCAAAAGGUGCAAAAGUAUCUCCCCAAGGUCAAGAUCAACGUGCCGGAUGACAUUGGCAAUGAGAAUGUCAGUGUCGGUGCGCCGACGGCGGGAUCUCAGCUUGGUGGUGAGCACCACUCGGGUCAGCCCCAGGGUGGCAACUACGCGCCGCCUCCGUCGCAGCAGUAUGGUGGACAGGGCUCGCAUCCGCAGCAAUCAUACAACCCGCCUCCAAGCCAGGAGUACCGACCUGAGCAACAUCAGCAGCAGCAUCAAUCACAUCAGGAGUACCGGCCUGAUCAGAACCAGCCCCCUUCCUCGUACCAGCAGUACCACUCGGAUCAAUACCAGGGUCAAGGCCAGAACCAGAACUACGGCCAAAGUCAGAACUACAACCAGAACUACAAUCAGAACCAGGAUCAAGGUUACGGCCAAGGUCACGGUCAAGGCCAACAAAACUACGGAGGUAACCAGAGCUACGGGGGAAACCAAGGCCAUGAGAGUGGCCAAGGCUAUGGCGGAAAUGAGGGCUAUCAACAGAACCAGGGAUAUGGCGAGAACCCGCGAUACUAGAACAGCCUCAGAGGGAGCGAAGAAUGGACGCUCAGUGAGUCCGCCAAGUCAAAGCAGCAUCUGAGGGAAUUUGCAGUAGGAUAAGGACAAGAAUGUCAUUGAGAGCGGGUCGAUCAAGAGGACAUCACCCCAGGUAGCUGAAGCUAAUGAAUCACGAAAAGAACCCUACC